AUGAAGGACGAUGCCGUUUUCCGCUCAUCAAUGAUUUCUUUGGCUGCAAUUAUAGGGUUGAUAGGACUCUAUACACAUUCUUUACAGAAAAUGGUGGCGACUUACUUCUUCGGAAUGUUUGUGAUAUGUGGUAUGCUUUUGCCUGAUUGGAAGUUCUUCAAUCGGAGUGUUUCUCAGUGGUGCACCCCUCUAACUAUUCCUGAUAUGGGUUCUCAAGCUACUGACCAGAAACCGAGUUUUCCAACAAGGUUUAAGAUCUACCCUCUCAGAUUGGUUGUCUACAGCUUAGUUUAUGGUUUUGCUUGCUAUAAGUGGUGGAAGUUCGUAUCAAAUUAA